AUGGAGAUGGUCGCCGGAGAAGGUGAAGGGUUGGGCUGGGCAAGGAAAGAAGAUGGGAAGAAGAGUGGGUUCUCAGCAGAUGCUGGAUUUGUAAGCACAGUGUAUGGCGACAGAGUAGUCCCUGAAAACUGCAAUUGUCCGUCACCAUUACUUGAAACGGACGUAUAUUGUCGUAUUGAACUGUGCCCUUACGGCGUUGACAAUCCUGAAAACCAAACUAACUACUAUGCUGUCGACGGCCAGUGUUCCAUUGAUGACAUGAACCUAGUGUCUUGUACCAAGCUGCGUGAUUACAAAUCAAUUCCACAAAUUUCAUCAGUGGGAGCAUUCAACCUUAUGAUGCUGCAGUGGUCCAAACCAUCAUGUGGACGUUGCGAAGAGAUGGGCAAGACUUGCAGACUGAAAAGAACUAUUGGUCAAUAUAAUUUCACAGAUAAUCAGACUGCAGAAACUGAAUGCGUGAGCGAAGAUAGUACCCGUGGAAGGACAAGCUUAGAGAUAUCUGGUAUUUUCACAUUUUCUGUGGUUGUAACAGUCGUGGGGACUCUCAUUUACCGUGUUUAUAGCUCCAACAAAAUAGAGAAAACAAAUCAGUUGAGGAUUGAAAGAUUUUUGGACGAUUACAUAGCACACAAGCCAAGUAGAUAUUCCUACGCUGAUAUUAAAAGGAUAACAAAUCAAUUCAAUGAAAAGUUAGGUCAAGGAGCCUAUGGAACAGUGUACAAAGGACAGCUUUCCUCCGACUUACUUGUAGCUGUGAAAAUCCUCAACAAUUCUAAUGAAAAAGGAGAAGAUUUUAUAAAUGAAGUCGGAACAAUGGGUCGAGUCCACCAUGUCAAUGUGGUUCGCUUGGUUGGUUUUUGUGCUGAUGGGUACACAACAGCUCUUGUGUAUGAAUAUCUACCACAUGGUUCACUACAGAAUAUCUUAUCAUCAGCAGAUAGUAAAAGCGCUUUCCUUGGUUGGGAUAAGUUGCAUGAGAUUGCUUUAGGUAUAGCCAAAGGAAUUGAAUAUCUUCAUCAAGGGUGUGACCUCCGAAUCCUCCAUUUCGAUAUCAAACCACACAACAUUUUGCUAGACCAGAAUUUCACCCCAAAAGUUUCCGAUUUUGGUCUCGCCAAGUUGUGCUCUAGAGAUCAAAGCGCAGUAUCCAUGACUACCAUCAGAGGGACCAUUGGCUACAUUGCGCCCGAAGUGUUUUCUAGGAACUUUGGAAACGUGUCCUACAAGUCAGAUGUCUAUAGCUUUGGAAUGUUGCUGCUGGAAAUGGUCGGGGGAAGAAAAAACUUUAAGUUCAUGGAAGAGGACUCCACCAGCAGCGAAGUCUACUUCCCAGAAUGGAUUUAUAACCUUUUAGAACAAGGGGACGACCUACGGAUUCACAUUGAGGACGGAGGAGAUGCUGAAACUGCAAAGAAGCUAGCUAUUGUGGGUCUAUGGUGCGUCCAAUGGCACCCAAUAGAUCGCCCUUCCAUGAAAGUUGUUAUUCAAAUGUUAGAAGGAGAGGGUGACAAUCUACCCGUACCUGCUAAUCCUUUCCGAAACUGACUGAAUACAACUAUAUUCUCUAUGCAAGUCGUUCAAGUGUUGUACUAGUCAUAAAAUUUGCUAUGAGAGGUCAAGUGCUAUCAUAUUAAGAUAGUUAAAAAUUACGUUUAUCUUUUAUUUCAUUGGAUCUUUUUAUAUUUUUUGUAAUAUGGGGUUUAUCUGUUCCAAGGAGUUUAGUUUUUGUGUUACAUAUGCCGUCUUCUUCUUUUUAGCUUCUUAGGUCAUUUUCAAUGGAGAGGACUAAAGAUUCAA